AAAUCUGACGAAAAACCUGGUGGCCUAAAAAUAGAUGAGAAACUGCAAACGCGUGCAAUGGUCAAUAUCACGCGGCUGGAUAUUGAGAAGGUACCGCAAAUCUCCUCUGCCAAAAAGGACAAGAAUCUGCGCUUUGCCCCACAAGUCGCCAGCACUCUGGACGCAAGCUUCGCCGACAUAACCACGGAUGAACCAACCACAGGCGGGAUUCUAAACCGCANAAUGCCCAAUCAAUGUGCUCACCAUUCGACCAACAGCUGA